AUGGCACAGAUUAAAUUGCAGAAGGAGAAAAAGACAAGGAAAUCUAAGGAAAAAGCUUGUUUGUUUGCUGUAGUCUCAUCUACUAUAUUCACUCCGAUUAUGACUCUAAAAUAUGCAUAUGAGAUAUGGAAUUAUCUCAAGUCAGAGUAUGAGGGAGAUGCAAGAAUCAAAGGAAUGUGUGUGCUAAAUUUGAUUAGAGAAUUCGAGUUGGAGAGGAUGACGGAAACAAAAUCAAUUAAAGAGUAUUCUGAUAGGUUAUUGGGCAUAGCAAACCGAAUCAAAUUACUUGGUUCUACAUUUAAGGACUCAAGAAUUGUUGAAAAGAUUCUUGUAACAGUGCCUGAAAAUUUUGAGGCAUCUAUUUCAACCUUGGAGAAUACCAAGGAUCUAACUCAAAUUACUCUUGCAGAAAUUCUCAAUGCUUUACAAGCACAAGAGCAAAGAAGAGCCAUGAGGCUAGAAGGUGUUGUUGUAGGAACCUUGCAAACCAAACAUGAAAAUGCAAGGAACAACAAGAAGAAUCAAAAUCUUAAUGGAGAAUCCUCAGCCAACAACAAAGUAGGAGUUAAAAUGGGGAGCAAGAAUCAACAGCGAGGUGAAGAGGCUAAGAUUGUUGAUCAAGAGGAGGAGGAGGAGGAUCAAUUGUUUGUGGCUACAUGUUUCGUGGGUAGUGAAUCAAACAAAAGCUGGCUAAUUGACAGUGGCUACACCAAUCAUAUGACUUAUGACAAGGAAUUGUUUAGAGAUUUGAAGCCAACUAACAUCACCAAAGUAAGAAUCGGCAAUGGGGAUUACAUCUCUGUCAAAGGAAAAGGCACUGUUGCGAUUACAAGCUAUACAGAAGUAGCUCAAGUUUUUUGGAAGUUUAACGCAAGUGUGGAGAAUGAAAGUGGUUGUGAAAUUCCAAUUGUAAGAUCUGAAAAUGGGAAGGAGUACACUUCGAACAAGCGUGACAAGCUUGAUAGGAGAGCUUCAUCAGGUAUUUUUAUAGGCUAUAGUACUGUCAGCAAGGCCUAUAAAAUUUUUCAGUCACAAACUGGAAAUAUUGUUGUUAGCAGGGACGUCCACUUCCUAGAGGAUGAAGAGUGGAGUUGGGAUGAAGUAAAGAAGAAGGAUCAGACCAUAACAGAGCAACUCAAAUGCAAUGUUGCUGUGUGUGAACUUGCUGUCUAUGCAGAAGUAAAAAAGGAUCAAAUGUGGAUGGUUUCAAUGAAGAAGGAGAUGUUAAUGAUAGAAAAGAACAAGACUUGGGUCCUUGUAAAUAGACCUCAAGGCAGGAAGAUUAGACACAAUCAGGAAGAAAUUUAUGUUGAACAACCCCAAGGGUUUGUGAAGGAAGAUGAAGAAUAUAAGGUUUAUCUUCUCAAGAAGGCUCUCUAG